AUGCCUUUCGAAGGUGCGCAGAAGUUUGAAUUUUAUAAAUGUAUUGGAUCGCCGAAAUUGGUCGUGGCGCCUAUGGUCGAUCAGAGCGAACUGGCGUGGCGGAUUCUGUGUCGAAGACAUGGUGCCGAUCUCUGUUACACCCCAAUGCUGCACGCCCAGAAUUUUGCCACUGAUCGUAAAUACAGGGCCAACAACUUUCACUUUGAAAAGCGGCAGGACGAUCGCCCGUUGAUUGGUCAAUUUUGUGCCAACGACCCUGGCGUACUUUUAAGUGCCUGUGAACUGGUUUUGCCUCAUUGUGACGGCAUAGACCUAAAUUUAGGCUGUCCUCAAACAGUGGCGCGUCAUGGACACUAUGGUGCAUAUCUACAAGACGAAUGGGAGUUAAUCCACUCGAUGAUCCGGACUCUCCGAAUGAACCUGAACGUGGCCGUUAGCUGCAAAGUACGCAUUUUCGAUGACGUUUCACGCUCCAUCGACUAUGCAAAAAUGCUGGAGAGUUCUGGGUGUCAGUUGCUGGCCGUUCAUGGCCGGACCCGGGAGCAGAAGGGCAUCAAUACAGGCGUGGCUAGCUGGUCUCAUAUCAGAUUUAUAAAGGAAUCUGUCAACAUUCCGGUGAUAGCCAAUGGCAAUAUUCAGUUCUAUUCGGAUAUCGAUCGCUGUUUCCAAGAAACGGGCGCCGAUGCAGUAAUGACGGCAGAAGGCAAUUUACAUAACCCGUACUUGUUCGACAACGUGCAACCUCCAGUAUGGGAACCUCUUUUUGAAUACUUAGAUAUCGUUCAGGAUGUUCCUACACCAGUUUCGUUUGUGCGAGGUCAUCUGUUUAAGGUGCUUCAUCAUUUGCUGUUUUGUCCAGAUGUGCGGGAACAGUUGGCAGUGGCGGAAAAUUUGGAACAGUUCCGGCACGUGGUCGAUGAGGUUCGAAAUCGCUUUGUGUGUAUGCGUCUUUCUAUGAUAGAUAGAUCACUUCAAUUGCUUCCAUUUCCUCAUUGGAUUUGUCAGCCGUAUGUUCGUCCGUCGUCUUACAACCUUGUAGCUGAAAGCGAGCAACUCGAACAAAUGCGACGCAACUUCCGAAUCAGUCAGCACGAAAAGAUACGGGAGCUAGCUUCUGAAUGCGGAUUGUCACGCAAGCAAGUCAAAAAGUUGGGUCGGAACCCGCACGCCAAGCUGCGGCAGUUUUCUGAAAUCUCUGAUUGUCGUUGCGGUAACACUAAGGUAUCGUUUUUGAAAGAAAAGCGAAAUGAAAACCUGUGA